UUGCUGCAUUUCCUUCAGGAAUUGGGGGAGGUGGUGUCAGGAGUCACGUGAUCGCAGCUCAUCCGUGCCGACCCUUUGUUGUUGGGAUUUUAGGCAAGGAGAACAGCGAUAUUAACCCGACACGAAAACACCGACGUUUACCGCGAACCGCUCGGAUAAAAACGACGUGCGACCCUCGAUGCGCUUCGGCUUUGCUCUCAUCUCAGUCGGAUAACCAACGAAACACGCGAGCGUACGAGAUGCACACAAAGACAUCGGCGAGCUCAUAGUACUGAGACGUUCACGAGCCCAUGCAACACACGCACGUGAACGCAAAUCCGUGCAAAUGUGCUCGUGAUCGAAAUGCACGCUCGAUUUUAACCGGAGUGAUGCUCGCACGACUUCAUUUGCCUUCUUGGGACACAAACACGUUUUAAAAGGGGAAACAUUGGAAUACUUGGUCCUCAUCAUCAGCCAUAGGCUGCUUUGUUUCUGGGCAUCUUCAUUGAACAGGUUAAAGAGGAGAUACAGACCGCUCCUGGGCAUCAUGUCGGUGGGCAGUGGGCUUGUAAGGUGGACCGGUACCGAACUGUCUGUGUUCUGCUUGCUGACCAUCACCAUCCCCACGGUGCUGGGAUCAGUCCAGUCGGCCAACCCGCAGAACACCGACUGCGCAUCCGGCAAAGGAAAAGGCUGCUUAGAUCUGUCAGAGAAGAAGAGCGACCUGCGCGUGUGCGACGCAACCACGUGCCGCUAUGGUGGCACCUGCAAAGAUAACGGUGCAGAUCUGAAAUGUGUAUGCCAAUUUCAGUGCCCUAAGAACUACAUCCCCGUGUGCGGUUCAAACGGAGACACCUAUCAGAACGAAUGCUAUCUGAGACAAGCGGCGUGUACCCAACAGAGAGCCAUCUCUCUGGCCUCCGAGGGACCCUGUUAUCCCGACAGCAGUUCAGGAUCUGGUGAUGGAGAAUAUGAAGGAUCGGGCACAGAGUCGGGCAAGAAAGUCACGAAAUGCAGUAACUGCAAGUACGGCGCAGAAUGCGACGAAGACGCAGAAGACGAAGACUCCUGCUCGUGCAAAAUCGACUGCAGUGGCCAUAAUGAAAACCCGGUGUGUGGUACUGAUGGAAACUCGUACCAUAACCCCUGCCUCGUGCGAGAAGCCUCCUGUAUGAAACAGGAGCAGAUCGAUGUCAAACAUCUGGGAAGAUGUCCAGAUAAAGACAAAGCUAAAAAAACUGAUGUUGGAUCUCCAUACAAGCCUGAGAUUACUGAUCCAGCUAAAGCAGGUGAUGGUAAAGGCUACGGCUGGAUGCCUGUCCCCUGCACGGAUGACUACGCUAACUUCUGCGUUCAUGGCCAAUGCGAAUUCAAUUACGGCAUUGCUACCUGCCGGUGUGAUUCAGGUUACACUGGAACACAGUGUGAGGAGAUCGCCGACUUUAACAUCUUGUAUGUGGUGCCCAGUGGACAGAAACUUCAUUAUGUGCUCAUAGCUGCUAUCAUCGGAGCUGUGCAGAUCGCCAUCAUUGUGGCUGUUGUCAUGUGCAUUACCAGGAAAUGUCCUAAGAAUAAUCGCGGAAGACGGCAAAAGCAGAACUUAGGACAUUUUUCAUCAGACGCCUCUUCAAGGAUGAUGUAGCUUGUUUUUAUUUUAUUUUUUGAUACUUUUUGUACCGAGUGGAUUACGAUUAUUAUGUGCAUUUUCGUUCGUGCUUUCUUGACUCUGGACAACAAGGUUAUUUUCGAUCACGUUUUAUUUCGUUAUUUUACGGGAUGGUGCCUUAUUGUUUGUUUUUCAAGGACAUUUUAGGUACUUGAUGUCAGUGGUUGACACUGUCUGAGGAAUGAUAAAAGCCAGCUCUAUUUGUCGAGUGUUUUUUAUUUUUAUUUUUUACUUCAUUUGUGGUACCACGUAUCAUUACACGUAACUCACGGCAAAUAAACUGUGCCACUGGACGUCCUCGAUUUCAUGGAAUGUGCUUCUUACUGAAAAUAUGAACUCUUGUCUUUUAGCCCUUCGAUCAUUUUUAUUUAAAUCAAACAUAGCUGAACACCAAAUUUAAUUGGGUCACAAACAAGUUUGCCGACGAAGUGCUGACGUUUACGGUUUCGUUUUGAAAGGAAUUCCAGAGAAUGAAUUGCAAUGUGUUUGACUAGCUAAUCUUAUCAAUGUUGAAAUGUUUGUAGUUUUUAUGUUCUAAUGUUAUCGGUGUUGUCAAUGUUGAAACGGACAUUAUUGACAUUAAUUUAAUUCUACGAACUGCAUAUCGCAUGACCUGUGAAACUGUGUCCAGUGAUGUAGAUUUAAUAAAAUUUAAUUCUCAGUCUUA